ACCUGCUUUAUAUGGUCUUCUCAAUUAAACUCCACUAAACCUCCCUAUGGCCUAUGCCAUCCACCAAACAAGCAACUGAAUCGGAAUCGCGUAUUGCUUUCGAGCUCCAAUUCAACAGAUUAGCAGAACACAGGGCGCUGAGCUGAUGGCGAAUUGUGGCCGGAGGUUUGCCGCCGCCGGCGCUCCGGCGACGGCGAGACGGUGUAAUCUGGAGCUGUUCCUCGAGGCCACCACGCCGGUUGUCCCGACGACAGCCUGCUCCUCCAAGAAGAGCAUGAAUGGUUGGAAGCAAUCUGAUGAAGAAAAUGCGCUGCCAUUCUUCAGUUUGGGCGACCUCUGGGAUGGGUUCAGAGAGAGCAGCGCAUAUGGUAUCGCUGUGCCAAUUGUUCUGAAUGGUUGCAGUGACGGUGUGGUGCAGUAUUACGUCCCUUACUUAUCUGCAAUCCAGCUUUAUGGAAGAUUAAGGAGGCAUUUCUACCAUUCCAGGCCAAGUGGAGAAGACAGCGACGGCGACUACUGUCAAGACACAGGCAGUGAAGAGAUGAGCGACCUUGAGCACGACUCAUGUCCAAGCAGCACGGAUGCGUUCUCAGUCCAAGAUACCACCUGCGAAACCUCCACCAGCGAAGCAUCGAGCGACGAAAGCGAAUCAACGAGAAUUUCCCACGAGCAGCUCAUCUUCGAGUUUCUGGAAUCCGAGCCUCCCUACCAGCGUGAACCGCUAGCUGACAAGAUUUGUAGUCUUGCCAGGGGAUUUCCGGAGCUGAAUACUCUCAGGAGCUGUGAUUUGUCGCCAACCAGUUGGAUGUCCGUCGCAUGGUAUCCAAUAUACCGAAUUCCGACGGGACCAACACUAUGCGAUCUGGACGCCUGCUUCCUCACAUAUCAUCCCCUCUCCACGCAGCUCACAGGCGGCAUCUGCCCGGAGCCAAAAGGCAACAACAGCGGCGUCCCCGUGACGACGGCGAUGUGCCUCCCGACGUUCGCCAUGGCGUCGUACAGACUCAAGGUCGCGGCGUGGGCACCGGGCGGGCGAGACAGGCAGCUGGUCGCCUCCCUCUCGCACGCCGCCGACGCCUGGCUCGGCCUCCUCGGAGUUCACCACCCGGAUCACCGCUUCUUCGCCGCUCGCCGCGUCGUGUCCAGAAGAUGAUGAGUCGAUGGAGAUCGCCUGCCAACCUGAGAGUGCAGAGAAGUUCUCUGUGUUCUUUUUUUUUUUUUUUGUGUGUCUCAUUCAGUUCGUAUAUUGUCAGGGUUCAGACUGUACUCGGAUAGUUGGAUCACAAAGCGUGCAUCCUGUUUUUGUUUUCCAGUAAUGGUUUCAGAGAAAGAUUAACCAAGAAUGUAUAUAGAAUUAGAAGACAAUUAAAAAUGUGUUUUCUUUUAUGCCAGCUGGUCUAGUGUUUAUGUUUAAACGUGAUAUUUUGUUGUACCAAAACUCAGAUACGAGUAACACUCAAGCAGCUGUGUACUUCUGUUGUACUGCUUCUAACUUGUGAGUGACAGACAACAACGAAGUCCAUCGUAGCAUUUGGAA